AUGUUUCAGUGUAGUUUAACCGAGGUAACCAAUGCUGGUUGGAGUUUGUCACAAAAGACGUUGACAGAAUAUUUAAAGAAAACAGAGCAUGAAACUUAUGAUGAGCUGAUUACUCUGUUGUUGAAUUCGGAUAUUCGUGAAUACGGUUCACCAUGGCUAGGAGAUUUGAAAAAGGCUAGUCAUCUUGAAGCGAAUGGUCGAAUUGUUCAGCUUACUGGGUUACGUAAUAUUAGUAUACCACAGGCUACCGAAGAUCUCAUGUUAAAUAAUUCAUCUGAUCACCGUGGACCAUGUUUAUUACGAUUUACUUUCACUGAUGGUCGUAAUCAAAUAUUGGGUUUAGAUAUGCAGAGUAAAUCAGAUUUGAAUAUGGAUAUUCCACCUGGAACAAAAUUUCGUCUAAUUGGUUCAAUUCCAUUAGUGAUGGGGUUUUUAUUAUUAUCUAAAAAGCAUAUUGUGGUACUCGGUGGAAUGGUUAACAAUUUAAUACGGGAAUGGAAUAUGACUAAAUUUCUUAAAGGAACAGAUAAUCGUCUGAUCGGUAGUGGUGCUCCGAUGUUUGUACCGUUCGGUAGUCGUGAAGCUUCUAGCCUUAUUCAGACAGAAGGAAAAUUUCUUAAUCAAUUACGAUCAGAUCGAGAGCGUAAUCAAAUGAAAUUUGAUUCAUUUCAAAUGAUUACAACUAAUCGUAAUGAAGAUCAAGUAGAAAGUGAAUUACAAACAUUAUUCAAUGAACAUCGUAAAGAAGUAUUAGCUGAAUUGAAAUCAUCAACAACUUUAUGUACACCUUUAUCAUCUCAUAAUCAUAUUAGUGGUAAUGAUGUCACUAGCGAUAUCAAUAAUACAAAUGAUCAUCAAAGAAUAUUUUCUGGCAAUAAACCACGACGAUUUCGACCAGGUUUAUCAAGAUUUUAUGAACUUCAAUCACAAAAAACAAUGGAAUAUGAUAUAUCUAUAGCAAAAUUAUUAUCUUUAGGUUAUCCAUAUCAAAUAGCAAAUCGUGCAUUAAAAGAGAAUCAUAAUAAUUAUCAAAUUGCUUUAGAUUAUUUAUUAUCUAAAUCUACAUCAAUUAUGAAUAUUGAAGAUAAUUCAAUGAUGAAUAAUAAUUAUUCUAUCAAUAAUACAUCACGUGGAAUCCAUUCACGUGGUAUUCAUGUUAAUAAUAGUCGUAGUAGUCGAGGUUAUGAACGUGGUCAUCGUGGCAGGAGUCGACAUGAUGAUUCUGAUGGAUAUGAAUUUAAUUCUAAUCGAUCUUCUAUUGGAACUACAAAUGAUCAUCAUACAUUGUUGACCCGAUCAUCAACAGGACUUACUCGUUUAGAUGAUUUAAUUGUUGAUUCAAAACCAAUAACAACAUCGAAUGCAUUAUUAUCAUCUUCAUCAUCAUCAAAUAUUAUAUCAAAAACUUGUAUUCUACCAGUUGGUUGUCCAAUUCUAGCACAAAAUAUAUCUGGUGAUUAUGAAGAAGCUCAAUUAAUUGGUCAUUUCUCUGCACAACAAUUUAAUAAAGCUUUUAAUGGUAACAAUGUCAUUAUUGAUGAUACGGGUUCCAGGGAGAAGGUUGUACUUGUUGCUUAUCAUCAUCAACAGAAGAAUAAUCCUGAAAUAAUUGUAGAUGAAGAAGAAAUUGUACCGAUCAGUUUGAUAAGAACAUUAAAUAAAGAAAAGAUUACUAUAGAUAUGGUACCUCCUGCACCAUUGGACAGGAUACUACCAUAUUGUGUUCAAUCACAAUCUGAAUAUACAGAUGCCAGUCGAUAUGAUGAAAUUCCUUCUACUGAUUAUGGAUUUACAAGUCGACCAUAUCAAUCUAGUAGAGGACGCAGAGGUGUUGGUGGUGGUAGUCGUAAUCAUAGAGUGUUUCGUGCUGGAAGAGGCAGUGGUGGUAGACGUUCACGUUGUAGAACUAAUCACUUCUGAUAAAGAAAUAGCAAUUUUAAUAAAUUUAUUACUUUUCUUUUCAUAAUUAUGCUUGAAAUCAGUAAUUUGCUUUGUAAAAAUGUGUACAUACACUUUGUUUUGUAUCAGAAACAUUUCUCUACACCUAUUAUCUUUUCUUCUUCUUCUUCUUCUUCUUCCUCUUCCCCCCUCUUCUUUUUCUUCUUCUUCUUCUUCUUCUUCUUCGUCUUCUUCUGUAUUGUUGUUAUUGUUGUUGUUGUGUUGUAUGAAAUUGUAUUUUAAUGUGUUUUGUGUUUUGACUGAAACGUUUCAGUAAAACAAAUGAACGGUUCAGUAUAAACUUCAGAAAUUGUCUGUUACACAUAUGUAUUUAAUAUACUGUACAUAGAC